AUGCUUCUUGGGCGCAUCAUAAGCUGGUCUUGUGUAUUCGGAGUUUUGGACGUGCCGGAGGUGGUUAAGCGACCAGAACUUGUCGUGCACAAGGUUUACCUCAACACUGAACCAGCAGCUUUCAUAUGCUUGCUUAAGGAAAUACGCAGACGUAGUCAUAAUCCAACUGAUUUCGAUGCCACAAGCUAUGCUGAGAUUGCCAACCGUUGA